GCCAGGAGGGGGCCGGGACCGGGACCGGGACCGGGAACCGGGACCCGGCCGGACCCACGUGCGGCGCUGGGCGAGAUGUGGCCGCUCCGGCUGGGCACGACCCUGCAGCGCUGGGGGUCCCGGCUGGGCACGGGCACCCUGCGGGCACAGCACGGAGCCGCCGCCGCCGCUGCCCCCGGGCACUGCCCGGGCUGGACGGGCCAGGAGAGCCUGGCCCAGAGCGACCCCGAGCUCUGGAGCCUCCUGCAGAAGGAGAAGGAUCGGCAGUGCCGGGGACUGGAGCUCAUCGCGUCCGAGAAUUUCUGCAGCCGGGCAGCUCUGGAGGCCCUGGGCUCCUGCCUGAACAACAAAUACUCAGAGGGGUAUCCUGGGAAGAGGUACUACGGGGGUGCCGAGGUGGUGGACCAGAUCGAGCUGCUGUGCGAGCAGAGGGCUCUGGAGGCAUUUGACCUGGACCCUGCACGCUGGGGCGUCAAUGUCCAGCCCUACUCGGGCUCCCCGGCCAACCUGGCGGCCUACACGGCCCUGCUGCAGCCCCACGAGCGCCUGAUGGGGCUGGACCUGCCCGACGGGGGACACCUCACCCACGGUUACAUGACGGACACCAAGCGGAUCUCGGCCACCUCCAUCUUCUUCGAGUCCAUGCCCUACAAGCUGGAUCCCACCACAGGCCUCAUUGACUAUGCCCAGCUGGAGGUGACGGCGCGUCUGUUCCGUCCCCGCCUGAUCAUCGCGGGCACCAGCGCCUACGCCCGCCUCAUCGACUACGCCCGCAUCAGGAGGGUGUGUGACGAGGUCAAGGCCUACCUGCUGGCAGACAUGGCCCACAUCAGCGGGCUGGUGGCCGCCAAGGUGAUCCCGUCCCCCUUCGAGCACGCGGACGUCGUCACCAGCACCACGCACAAGACGCUGCGGGGGGCCAGGUCAGGGCUGAUCUUCUACCGCAAGGGCGUGCGCUCCGUGGACAAGAAGACGGGCAAGGAGACGCUCUACGACCUGGAGGACAGGAUCAACUUCUCCGUGUUCCCCUCGCUGCAGGGGGGACCCCACAACCACGCCAUCGCUGCCGUGGCCGUGGCCCUCAAGCAGGCCAGCUCCCCGGCCUUCAGGCAGUACUGCCAGCAGGUGCUGAGGAACGCCAAGGCCAUGGCACAGGCACUGCUGCAGAGAGGAUACACCCUGGUGUCAGGGGGCACCGACAACCACCUGGUGCUGGUGGACCUGCGGCCCAAGGGCAUGGACGGGGCGCGGGCAGAGCGGGUGCUGGAGCUCGUGUCCAUCACGGCCAACAAGAACACGUGCCCAGGGGACAGGAGUGCCCUGACCCCUGGGGGGCUGCGCCUGGGUGCUCCUGCCCUGACCUCCCGCCAGUUCCGUGAGGAGGAUUUCCAGAAGGUCGUGGAGUUCAUUGAUGAGGGCAUCGCCCUGGCCUUGGAUGUCAAGAGCAAAACCAGUAAGCUCCAGGAUUUCAGGAAUUUCCUGCUCCAGGACGCGGCGACGCAGCAGCGCCUGCAGGAGCUGCGCCAGCGCGUGGAGACCUUCGCCCGUGCCUUCCCCAUGCCCGGCUUCAGCGACCACUGAGGGGGCACGGCCCUGCUGCCAGCCUAGGGACGCUGGGGAGGGGGCACCGAGACCCUCAGAGCCACCCCUGCCUGU